AUGGCAGUCCUUGGUUCCCCACUGCUGCCCCUGGUGCUGUCUCUGUGCCUCGGACUGCUGGUUCCUUCGGCCAAGUGUCAGUAUCCUAUCGGCAAAUGCAUAACACUGAGUAACAUCAUCGCUGCCACUGACGGGGGAGUCCAGGCCUUCCCAAAGAGCUAUAAAAGCAACACAAUGUACACAGUAAUAGUGCCUGUGACUGACAACACUGAAGCUGUGAUCAUCCGAGCAAUGUACAACAUGCACCCAGUAGGCUUCUGGAAAGAUGUAGACAAGAAUUGUACAAACAGUGUCAUGUACGAACUGAAGAACCCACGCAUGAAAUGGUUCAAGACAAGAUGGGUAUCUCCUGGGGACAUGGACCUAUCCUCAGUCCAGCUACAGGCAGGUCUCACCAUCGGAGCCGUGUCCAUUACGAGCAGCCACCAGGGGUCGAGGGACAUUGGAGAUAAUGAUGCAGUCAAGCCUCCCCACCCUCUGCUGCCACGCCCUGCGCCUGGUGGAACCUAG